CAUUCCCAAAUCAGGAAAUACUAACUUUGGACCAAACUUGUUCGCAUUUUGAUACUUUAAGGAUGUAAAUGACCUUUAGGUAUACUUUAGGAUGCUUUCUGCUAAAACUUGUCGAAAGUCUUUUGAAAUUUCAAGGUGGUGUUGCUACCGGCAGCAAUUGUUGUUCAGAAACUGGCAAAGAGAGCUGUUUGAAAUUUCUGCUCAUUUCUUGCUUGAUAGCCGUCUGGUUAAGGCUAUAGAUUAUUUUUGACCCAUUUUUUCUGCUCCAUUGAAACAGAGUUCAUUGUAUUUAAGAUAUCAGGUUUAAACUGUUGGAUUAGAUGUGGAGCAUCAAAGAUAAAUUAUCGACAAGGUUAAUGAAUGUUUGCGUGGCAUCUCUUUGUAAAGCCAAACAAUUGGAGAAAGCUGAAGCUGUUAUAGUUGAUGGCAUAAUAAUUGGAGUACAACCAGAUGUUGUCACUUACAACACAUUGAUUGCUGCAUAUUGCCGCUUUGUUGGCAUAGAUGCUGGUUAUUCCGUCCUUAAUAGGAUGAAGGAGGCUGGAAUUAACCCUAAUGUUAUUACAUAUAACUCUUUGAUUGCUGGAGCUACAAGAUAUUGCCUGUUAUCUCGAUGUCUCGAUCUGUUUGAUGAAAUGCUUGAGAUGAGUAUUCUUCCUGAUAUUUGGAGUUACAACACAUUAAUGCAUUGCUUCUUUAAAUUGGGAAAGCCAGAUGAAGCGUACAGGGUUUUUCAAGAUGUUCUUUUAAAAGAUAUUUCUGUUCAUCCAGCAACAUUCAAUAUUCUAAUUAACGGUCUUUGUAUGAACGGAUAUACGGAGAAUGCCCUAAUGUUAUUUAGGAGCUUAAAGCGUCAUGGAUUUAUCCCUCAGUUAGUAACUUACAACAUUCUUAUUCAUGGGUUGUGCAAGUCAAGACGAGGAAAAGCUGCAAGAGAGUUCCUCACCGAAUUGGUCGAAUCGGGUCAUAUCCCGAAUGCAAUCACUUAUACGACAAUAAUGAAAUGUUGCUUCAGAUGUAAACAAUUUGAAGAAGGCCUUAAAAUUUUUGCGGAGAUGAGAAGGAAAGGAUAUACGUAUGAUGCCUUUGCUUACUGUACAGUCGCAAGUAUGUUACUUAAAACUGGGAGGAUAACUGAGGCCAGCGAGUACCUGGGCUAUAUUAUUACCAGUGGCUUUAGCCUUGAUACUGUGUCUUUUAAUACCAUUGUUAAUCUAUAUUGUAAGGAAGGUCAGCUGGAUAAUGCUUAUAAGUUGUUAUACGAGGCAGAAAAAGAAGGUUUGGAAUCUGACAAGUACACCCAUGCUAUCUUGAUUGAUGGCUUGUGCAGGACUGGCAAUUUCAAAGAGGCCCUGCAACAUUUGAACAGUAUGAGUAUGAUCGGUUUUGAUUCUAACUUGGUCGCAUGGAAUUCUUUUAUCAACGGGUUGUGUAAAGCUGGUCACUUUGAUCAUGCUUUGCGGAUGUUUGAGUCAAUGGAUGUGAAAGAUUCUGUUACUUACUCUACCAUAGUGCACGGUCUUUGCAAAGCUGGGAGGUUUCGUGCUGCAUCUAAGUUACUACUAUCGUGUAUUAGAGGUGGCAUGAGAAUUCUUAAAUCAGACAAACGAUUUGUUGUUGACGGUCUUCGUAGUUCUGGACUUUCACAGGAAGCAAGGAAAGUCCAGUCUAAAAUUCGAUUGGCUAAGAUACUGCAUUAUUAAUAAGAAAUGGUGAUCAACUCUGUCACUGAAGUUUUAACCUUAUUUGAUUGGCUAAGGUUCUGCAUUAUAAUGAUUUGUGGAAACUGAAAAAUCUUAGAAAUUAAAGUGGCUUUAAAGUUUAAACAUCUGCAUCUGUGCUGGCAAGAGCCAAGAAUUCAUCUUCCAAAUUGGAAUUUCCCAUAUCUCCCGCCAAAGCUUGUGAAUUUGUGAUCCGAAAUUGUCAGUAUGGGAAGCUGAACUGAACAACACCUCUAUUCUAUUCCCUCAAAUUUUUCUACGUCGGCUUCAGUACCACAGAUAGAGACGCUCUAUGUGAAGCUCUACAGAAAAUAUACGAAGAUCAAG